AGCGGGGAGGGCUUUGAGAGCUGUGGGACGGCGAGGCUGGGACCGGCCGUCCGCUGGCACCGCAACACGGGACCCCUGCCGUGCCGCUCCAGGUGAAAGAACACAGAAAAGAUGGAUUGGGGAACUCUGCAGACUGUUCUGGGAGGUGUAAAUAAACACUCCACCAGCAUUGGCAAGAUAUGGCUCACAGUCCUGUUCAUCUUCCGUAUCAUGAUCCUGGUUGUGGCUGCAGAGAGAGUCUGGGGAGAUGAACAACAAGAUUUUGUCUGCAAUACACUUCAACCUGGUUGCAAGAAUGUUUGCUAUGAUCACUUUUUCCCCAUCUCUCACAUCAGACUCUGGGCCCUGCAGCUCAUCUUCGUUUCCACCCCUGCGCUGCUGGUGGCCAUGCAUGUGGCUUACAGGAGGCAUGAGAAGAAAAGGCGACUUAGAAAUGGUGACAAAAUUAAUAUUGAAGAGCUGAAGAAUGAAAAGAUUCACAUUCGAGGUCCCCUGUGGUGGACAUAUACCUGCAGCAUCUUCUUCAGGAUCAUCUUUGAAGCAGUCUUCAUGUAUGUGUUCUACUACAUGUAUGAUGGGUACCAGAUGCCUCGUCUGGUGAAGUGUGAAGCGUGGCCCUGCCCCAACGUGGUGGAUUGUUUUGUGUCUCGGCCUACUGAGAAAACCAUGUUUACUAUUUUUAUGCUUGCUGUAUCUGGGAUCUGCAUGAUGUUGAAUCUGGCUGAGUUGUGUUACUUAGUGUUAAAAGUUUGCCUGAAAGAUUCUAGGAAAACAACAGUUUUAAAAUAAUUCCCCAGUUCCAUGAUUGCUUGGUUUCCCAGACCCCUUCAAACUUACUUAGGCAUCAGAAAACAAUUGGCAAUAUUUUCAUACUUGAGGAAAAGGAUAAAAACAAAAGGGCUUUUUUUUUUUUUUUUUUUUUUUUUUUUAAUGAUCGCCUCUCUAGGAAGCUGCCAUUCAGGCAGGUUUUAAGAUUAUGAGCUACUUUGGUAUUCCUGUAUCCACAAAUAGAGACAUCAGCCUUUUUAGCUGAUCCUUUUCUA